AUGAUACAAAAAAGAAAAACAGGCCAGGAAAGAGCACAGAGUGGAAGGAGAAUAGAGGACAGACAGAGGCCAAGGCAGCCACAACCUACCUCCUUCACCUUUGACAGAUACAUCAAACAGGCCUCCUACAACACGGGGGCAAUGAGUCUUGGGGCCAUCUGCUGCAGGGCAACAAUUCGGCACUUCAACCUGGAGGUCUUCCUCCGCCCACUGCUCUGGGCAGUGCUCUGCGGCACCUUCCUUCAUCCCUUCAAACACUCCCUGACUGGACUUGUCCGCUCAUGGCUCAGUGGUCUGCAGGAGAGCGGGACACCAAUCGUGGUGGGGACUCUCUUGGUCCCGGUGUGCUGCGUGAACUAUGGGGUGGAGACAAUGGGCUGGCUGCUGAUGAGGAGGCUCACACUGCUGCUGGUGAUAGGAACUGGGAUUCCUCUGGUUUACUCCCUGUAUAUCAUCUGUAGCACUAUAGGCAUGCAGUUGAUCAUGGGCCAUGUGUGCGGGAUCAUUGGGACUGUGCUGGAACAUUUUCACGUCCUGUGGGUGUCCAGUGUGGUUUUGGGCUACAUGUUUGCGGUCUGUUUCAAGUGGACUCCACAAACACAGCGCUACCUGAAGACUCUGGCACUUCCUGUCUGGACCAUUCUGCUCUUCUACCUCGUGUCACUAACGGGUUCCUGGAGAGUGCCCAUAUUUGUGAUUGUUGUCAUUCUCCGCAUCAUGAGCUCCAGACCGUCUGUUCCUGGCAAAGGUUGUCUUUUGGCACAGGCAUUGACAUUUGCUGCUAAGACAAUCUCUGCUGCGUUCUUCUGUAGCAGUUACCGUGAGGUGAAUACUGAGCCCAGUCAAAGUUCUAACACAGGUCAAUCUGGACCAGAAUCAUCCAACUUCAGUUCCCAUCAGAACCCGUGCCCUGGUGGCCCCCGCAGAGCCAGUAAUGUCUACUUCAUUCUUCUGUUCUGGGCCAUAGUCCUGGUCCAGGUGUGGCUCAACCUCUGGAUCCUGAAAUUGCUGCCCAUCCCCCUGACAGUGUGGUUGGUGAAGAAGGUAGUGGUCCACUGUGCUCUGAAGAGCUUUGCUGACCACACUGUGAAUCCAGGGUGGACUUUGCUGGAGAACUUCGGAUGUGAGCAGAAGGAGGCUCUGCUGCCUCAACAAAUCAAAGACCUUGUUCAGAUCCUGCUUUGUAUCGACUCCAAGAUAAUCGUGGUUCUGGAGCAAGCUCUGGAUAAAAUCAUCAGCAUCUUCAUCAUCAUCAUUCUUGUCACAGGGACCAUGGUCAUGGUGCUACAGCUGACUACCAUGUUCCAUCAUGAAAGUGUUCAGAUCAUCGAGGUCUCCAGAAACCUCAUCAAUGAGACAGUGUCUAAAUAUCCAGAAUGGGCAAAUUGGCUCCCAGAGGCCCGUGAGUUUCAGGAGGCUCUGAAUUCAGCUGUGACCAAUGUUUACCAGCAUGGGAGAGAAUGGAUCACACAGAAGCUUGGUAAGCUCUUGGGCCAAAAAGGAAACAACUUAGUCAUGAUAGAGGAACAUGUUCUGGGGAUAUGGGACCGUCUGUACCACUCCUGGUUUGUGAAGGACAUGGCCAAGUCUGGACAUUACUCUGGUCAUAGGAGGCCUCAUGGGCAUAAAAACUGGUUGACAGACAUCAUGCACUGGAAGGAUGUGGUCUCAUUUCUGCAGGAGAACAUAGAGACACUGCUGUCUAUCCUGGAAUCUCUCUGGGUUGUGAUGAGUAGGAAUGUUGGCCUGCUGAUGUCAACAACAACGACCCUGCUCACCAUCCUGUUCCACAGCGGCACAGCUCUGCUCAACUUUGCCCUGAGUUUGGUGAUUUUCCUCACCACUCUCUUCUACCUGCUGAGCGCCAAUGACGAUUAUUACAAACCAGUCAAAUGGGUGAUCAGUCUGACCCCUCUGUCCCAGCCUGGACCCUCCUGUAACAUCGUAGGCCAGUCUGUGGAGGAGGCCAUACGAGGAGUCUUUGAAGCCUCUCUGAAGAUGGCCGCCUUCUACGGCCUUUACACUUGGCUCACUCACACCAUCUUUGGCAUCAACAUCGUCUAUAUUCCUUCUGCUUUAGCAGCUACACUGGGUGCCGUGCCGUUCCUGGGAACGUACUGGGCUGCGGUACCAGCCGUGUGUGACCUGUGGUUGGCGCAAGGCGAAGGUGUCAAGGCUGUGCUGCUGCUGAUCUGUCACCUGCUGCCCACAUAUUUUGUGGACACAGCCAUUUACUCUGACAUCCCUGGUGGUGGACACCCAUAUCUAACUAGUCUGGCAGUGGCUGGAGGAGUGUACUAUCUGGGUCUGGAGGGCGCCAUCAUUGGGCCAAUCCUGCUCUGUAUCCUACUGGUGGCAGUGGACCACUACAGUGCCAUGUUAUUGAGCCCCAGCUAUGCAGUUGCAACACCAGUGCAGCCAACUUUGCCUGUCCACACCCUCAGGACGUUUACAGACUGCACACCAUCUGUCCUGAAGACCAACACUGAGUGAGAACCAGAGGCUGCGUCCCUGAUGAGAGCUGCCUUUUGGCUGAGUCCUCAGUGGAAGUGCUCCCCGUAAUGAAGCUCUUUCUAAAGCCGCAGCAGUCGACCCCGACCAAUCAGUGAUGACGGUGAAACGCCUGAUCACCCACGACGACGCCUGCUCCUCAGAACUGUUUCUGUCAGUUUGGCCUCAGUCUUCUCUCCCUGCUCCUAACACAGUGAACCCUGAUCCCAAACAAGGACCAAUGAUGACUUUGGCAUUUAAAAAUAGUGACUAUGACAGCAUAGAUUACA